CCCACUAUUUCGCAUCAGUUCGUCCUGACUCCUGCGUCCGGCUCCGGCCGUCCCACUCCCACUCGAAAGCACGACGACAAAACCUCGAACGCCACCGUCACGCUCACGCCUUCGCCCGAACUUCUCCAGUUCUUCCGGGGAGACGAGAAAGGAACCGAGGAUCUCGUUCCUUUGGCGCAGCGGGCAGCAGAGGCCUCGCCGAGGGAGAUGGCCGGCCGGCGCGAGUCGCCCCUGAUGCGCGGCGGCGGGGCGGGGCCUCCGCUGUCUCGGGGGUCCCGCAUCGCCGCGGCGGUAGUGGUCGGCGUCGCACUCGGCUGCCUGUGCGCGUUUCUCUACCCCGCCGGCCUCUUCCCCCGUGCCCCCGACUCCGCCAGCCAUUGGCCCCGCCAGACGUUGUCAUCGCAUGAUUAAGGGGGAUUGCAUGAUUAAUGGCUGAACCAGUUGCCUGUGAUACAUCUCGGGAAGUUGCCAAACUAAAGUCACGGCUGGUAUUGUUGGAAAGGAAAAAUGCUGCAUUUAAAAUGCAGAUGAAGGAAUUGUCAAUGAAGCUUCAAUUGGCUGGACAAGGGAAAAAUGAGGCCCUAUAUAAGGCUGGUCCAUUUGGUACGGUGAAAGCUCUGAGAACAAAUCCAACAGUUACUCCUGAUCUAUCCAUCAAUCCCAGAUUGGCCAGCUUAUUGGAACAGGUUGCUGUGAAGAAAGAACUGAUAGUUGCACUGGCAAACUCUAACGUGAAAGAGAUGCUUGAGGUGUGGUUCACUAACAUAAAACGAGCCGGGAUUCCAAAUUAUCUAGUAGUUGCAUUGGAUGACAACAUAGAGAGCUUCUGCAAGUCCAAGGACGUCCCCGUUUACCGGCGCGAUCCAGAUGAUGGCAUCGACAACAUUGGUAAGACAGGCGGAAACCACGCUGUUUCUGGGCUCAAGUUCCGCAUACUGAGGGAGUUUUUGCAGCUUGGGUACAGUGUUCUCCUCUCCGACAUCGAUAUCAUUUUCUUCCGAAACCCGUUUGAUCAUCUUUACAGAGAUUCUGACGUGGAAUCCAUGAGCGACGGCCACAACAACAUGACAGCUUAUGGAUUCAACGAUGUGUUCGACGAGCCUUCAAUGGGCUGGGCAAGAUACGCGCACACCAUGCGUAUAUGGGUUUACAAUUCCGGGUUCUUUUUCAUAAGGCCGACGAUUCCUUCGAUUGAGCUUCUUGAUAGGGUUGCUUACCGCCUUUCUCACGAGCCCAAAUCAUGGGACCAAGCGGUUUUCAACGAGGAGCUGUUUUUCCCGUCGCAUCCUGGUUAUGAAGGCCUUCAUGCGUCCAAGAGAACCAUGGAUAUGUACCUCUUCAUGAACAGCAAGGUCCUCUUCAAGACGGUGAGGAAAGAUGCUAAUCUGCGGACGUUGAAGCCGGUGAUCGUGCAUUUGAACUACCAUCCUGAUAAGUCGGAUCGCAUGAAAGCCGUGAUUGAAUUCUAUGUUGACGGGAAACAAAAUGCCCUUGAACGCUUCCCUGAUGGAUCAGAAUGAUAGACACCAGCUUUUGUAGGACAGGAAAAAAAAUGCCAACUUCUAGUUUCUAGUCGUCUCGAAAGUAAGCACGGGUUGACUUCUUACAUAAUGCAUUGUCGUUAUAAAAUCCCGUGUGCUUGCUGAGAUGUCAACUUUCACUGAGCAUCAAAAUUCGUAUAAUUCUCUACUUGCUACAAGCCUUGGAAA